AAACUCGCUCAGUCUGUGGUGAGGCGAUCCAGCAGCAGGCAAAGCUCUCCUUAAGCUGUUUGAGAAGAAAUUCAUUUAUCAGAGGAAAAUGGCCACCGACGUCGUAGAUGACCGGGAAAUGAGGGAGGCUCAGAGAGACUACCUGGACUUUCUGGACGACGAUCAAGACCAGGGAAUUUACCAAAGCAAAGUCCGGGAUAUGAUCGGUGAGAAUAAAGCUCGACUCAUCGUGAACAUCAACGACCUGAGAAGGCGCAACGAGGCCCGGGCUGCAAAACUGAUGAACAAUGCGUUCGAGGAGCUGCUGGCGUUCCAGCGGGCGCUGAAGGACCUGGUGGCCUCGGUGGACGGUACCUACGCCAAGCAGCAUGAGGAGUUCUUCAUCGGCCUGGAGGGCAGCUUCGGCUCUAAGCACGUCUCCCCUCGGACCCUGACCUCCCGCCUGCUGGGCAGCAUGGUGUGCGUGGAGGGCAUCAUCACAAAGUGUUCCCUGGUCCGUCCCAAAGUAGUGCGCAGCGUUCACUACUGUCCCGCCACCAAGAAGACGAUGGAGAGGAAGUACACAGACAUGACCUCCCUGGACGCCUUCCCCUCUAGCGCCAUUUAUCCCACUAAGGACGAGGAGAACAACCCUCUGGAGACAGAGUUCGGUCUGUCCAUCUACAAGGACCACCAGACCAUCACGGUGCAGGAGAUGCCAGAGAAGGCCCCUGCUGGCCAGCUGCCCCGCUCUGUGGACAUCAUCCUGGAUAACGAUCUGGUGGACGUGGUCAAACCUGGAGACAGAGUUCAGGUGGUUGGGACGUACCGCUGCCUGCCUGGGAAGAAGGGAGGGUUUACCUCCGGCACCUUCAGGACCAUCAUGAUAGCGUGCCAUGUGAAGCAAAUGAGCAAAGAAGUGUCUCGCACCUUCUCUGCAGACGAUGUGGCUAAAAUCAGGAACUUCAGUCGGAUUCACUCUGUAAAAGUGUUUGACCAGCUGGCCCGCUCGCUGGCUCCCAGCAUCCACGGCCAUGAAUACAUCAAGAAGGCCAUCCUCUGCAUGCUGCUGGGCGGAGUGGAGAAGGUCCUGGAGAACGGCACCCGCAUCAGAGGAGACAUCAACGUCCUGCUCAUCGGCGACCCUUCGGUGGCUAAGUCCCAGCUGCUGCGUUACGUGCUCCACACGGCGCCCAGGGCCAUCCCCACCACUGGCCGCGGCUCCUCUGGCGUGGGUCUGACCGCUGCCGUCACCACAGACCAGGAGACCGGAGAGCGCCGCCUAGAGGCCGGCGCCAUGGUGCUUGCCGACCGCGGCGUUGUGUGCAUUGAUGAGUUUGACAAGAUGUCUGACAUGGACCGCACAGCCAUCCACGAGGUAAUGGAGCAGGGCCGCGUCACCAUCGCCAAGGCGGGGAUCCACGCCCGCCUCAAUGCCCGCUGCUCCGUACUGGCGGCGGCCAACCCGGUUUACGGAAGGUACGACCAGUACAAAACCCCCAUGGAGAACAUCGGCCUGCAGGACUCUCUGCUGUCCCGAUUCGACCUGCUCUUCAUCAUGCUGGACCAGAUGGACCCCGAACACGACCGGGAGAUCUCCGACCACGUGCUGCGGAUGCAUCGCUACAGGGACCCCCGCGAGCAGGACGGAGCAGCCAUGCCUCUGGGCGGGUCGGUGGACGUGCUGGCCACAGAGGACCCGGACGCCGCAGCGGAGGAUCAUGAAGAGCUGCAGAUUUAUGAGAAACACAACAACCUGCUGCACGGGAGCAGGAAGAAGAAGGACAAGAUUUUAAGUAAGGAGUUCAUGAGGAAGUACAUCCACAUCGCUAAGAUGAUCACCCCCGUGCUGACAGAGGAAGCAGCCAAUCACAUCGCAGAGGAGUACUCCAGGCUGAGGAGCCAGGAGCAGGUGGCGGCCGACAUCGCCAGGACCUCUCCAGUGACGGCCCGUACUCUGGAGACGCUGAUCCGCCUCUCCACGGCGCACGCCAAGGCCCGCAUGAGCAAGGCCGUGGAGCUGGAGGACACGGAGGUCGCCGUGGAGCUGGUCCAGUUCGCCUACUUCAAAAAGGUCCUGGAGAAGGAGAAGAAGCGCACGAGGCAGGAGCGCGACUCCGAUUCAGAGGAGGAGGACGAGCAGGAGGCGCCUGCCAGCCAGCGCCCACAGAGAACCCGCAAGAGGGGGCGGCAUGCCUCUCAGGGCAGCGAACCUCGCAGCCCAUAUGACUUCAGCGAAGAGCAGGAUGUCCCUGAUAUUCAGUCCGGCACCUCGAAACCAGCCAGGGCCCGGCAGGAGGAGGAGCCUAUGGAGGCGACAGCGCAGGCUGAUGCCGCCGAGCUUUCGGUUGAGAGGCUGAAGGAGUUCAAGUCGUCCCUGUUCGCCGUCUUCCAGUCGGCGCACGCCCAGUCGGUGAAGAUGACGAAGCUGAUGGACGAAGUCAACAAGGAGCGGGAGAGUCGGUUCUCUGAGGCCGAGGUGCGCGGCGCCCUGGCCCGAAUGCAGGACGAUAACCAGGUCAUGGUGGCCGAUGACAUCGUCUUCCUCAUCUGAAAGGAAGAGGCAUUUACGCGUGAAGACAUUAUGGGAUGUCUUCUUCUGUUAUAAAUCUGUAAAUAGUUAACAUGUUUUCUGUUAUAAAGAAUAAAGAAAUGUUUUGGUGAA